AUGGAGACACAGAAUCGAGUUCCCUAUUAUCUGAGUUGUUUGAGUGAACGAACUUCCUGGGAUCAUCCUCUCUAUGCCAAAAUGAUGGAAGACUUGGGUGAUUUUAACAAUAUUCGCUUUGCUGCCUACCGUACUGCCAUGAAAUUACGUUAUCUUCAACAGAAAUUAAAUUUGGACCUGAUCACAAUUGACAAAGUAAGGUGUGUAUUUCAACAACAUGGUUGCCCCCAGGGAGAAGACCCAUUACUCAACUGUCAUGACCUGAAUGAAAUUUUACAAGACCUCUUCACAGGCUGUAAACAUGCCAGACUAGAUGACACAACACGUAUACGUUCAGUUGACCUGAUUCAGAAUUUUGUGCUCAACUUAUAUGACAGACAACGAAGGGGUGUCGUUCAUGCUCUCUCUGUGAAAACAGCCUUGGCAGCCAUGUGUGGUGGACAACUUGGAGAAAAAUACAAAUACUUUUAUGAAGAAAUUAGUGAUCCAAGCACUUUCAUUGACUGCACAGUUUUGUCCAGUUUUCUGGUGGCCCUGAUGAGAAUUCCAGACCUUAUACAAGAAGGCAAUGCAUAUGGUGGACUGAAUUCGACACCUGCACUAGAGAGUUGUCUUCAGAUGAGUGAUUGCAAAUAUGGAAUCUCAGAAGACAUGUUCUAUGCUUGGCUGUACAAAGAACCCCAGACUUUGGUCUGGCUACCAACUUUACACAGAGUGGCAGCAACUGAAACUGUUAAACAUGAUGCCAAAUGUAAUAUCUGCAAAGAUUGGCCAAUCAUAGGAUUCAGAUAUCGGUGUCUAAAAUGUUUCAACUUUGAUAUGUGUCAACAGUGCUUCUUCUUGGGAAAGACAAAAGGCAAACACAAACUGAAACAUCCCCUGAAAGAAUUCUGUGCUGUCGCCAGCACUAAACAGGACAUGAAAGCUUUCUUAGUAACCAUGAGGAACAACUUCAGCAAGAAACAUCGACACAAGCGACGUGUGAAAUAUCUGCCCGUUGAUAACUGCAACAGCAGCUGUAGCAGUGACACAACAUCGACAUCAACUCGUAGGUCAACAAUGUAUGAGGACCAAGUGUCACGAUUGACAAUGAGUCAUGGCUCUGACAGUGCUUCAAGUGCACCUGCCCGUCUGUGUAUUAACAAUGAAGAACAGAACAACAAGCUACGACAAACCAGCACCAAGUCCCUCCAGACAGACAAUGUCCUUGUCACGGCCAGUGUACACAGCAAGGAGAGUCGUACUCCAUCUCCAUCAGAAUUGGCAGCUGUACAGCAUGUCCAGGAAUUGCAGAAAAUUAUCGAAGAUUUGACAACAGAAAACAGAAACUUGUACCGUCAGUUGGCAGAAAUCCGUGAUGGUGGUACAGACAGUUGUAGUAGCCUUUCAUAUGGUGAAGAAAUUGAAAUGGAAAAAGAAUUAGUAGAAGCCAAGAAAGAAGUUGUUGAUGACCAUAACCUUCGUCUCAACAAACAACUGAGCAGAGUUCAUGAUAUGUUGAAAAGUGGAACAUUACCAGAAAAUACCCAGAAUUCUGCCUUGACCAACAGAUUUAACCAAAAUGGAUUCUCCUACAAAAAUGGCUUAACUCCAAAUGGUUACCAUCUUCAAAAUGGUUACCAUCUUCAAAAUGGAUUUAAAGCUCCAAAUGGUUUGCAUACAACAAAUGGCUACAAAUCAUCUAAUGGUUUUAAACCAUUGAAUGGUCUGCAAGUGCCAAAUGGUAUGAAGACCCAAAAUGGAUUCCUCCAACAAAACAGCAACCUAACACAGAAUGGUUAUGAUUUGACCAAUGGGUUCCACUUACCAAAUGGUUUUCCUUUCCAGAAUGGUAACAACCAUCAAAAUGGUUGGGGAAAUUCUAUGAACUAUAUUGAUGACUCACCUUACCCAACUUUGCUGAACUCUCAGUUGACCAGCACACCAGAAGUGCACAAUUACUUUGAUCAGUCAACCAUUGACUCAACCCAUAAACUGGCCAUGUCUACCCUGUAUACGUCCAUCAAUACAGCCACUGAAGCUGAACAAGAAAUGGACAAAUUGGUUAAGAAGUUAGAGAAAGCAUUUCCACAAAAUCUUUCCUGCUCAGCUUAUACCAUGUCUGAUCUGUCUGGUAUGAAUGAUGACAUCCUUCAAAAUGUAGAUGGAUCUAGACUCCAAACCAUUGAACAGAAUCCUGUAAAUCCACCUUUACCAAGGCCAAAUGUGUAG